AAUAUUGAAGCAUAUUCUUCAGAUGCAUCACAGAUGGUUCCGCAGCAUAAUUACAAGCUUGAUGUUCAUGCUUUAAAUAGUCGUCAUCCUGGAGAGAAAACUCUGCAGUUUGAAUGCAGGGAAUUUAGAGAAUCAAUACUUGGAGUUAUGCCUCAUCACUGGCCAUUGCCUUAUAUUCCUACCAUAACAAAUCAUACCCAGCUGUGGUGGGUUCCUAAUGUUGUUGUGGCUCACCAAGAGGAAGGGAUAGAAGCUGUUCAUCUGGCAUCUGGCCGCACUGUAUGUAAGCUUCAUCUUCAACAAGGUGGCCUUCAUGCUGAUAUCAAUGGAGAUGGGGUUCUAGAUCAUGUUCAGGCUGUUGGGGGUAAUGGUGCUGAGCAGACUGUUGUAAGUGGAUCCAUGGAAGUGCUGCGACCCUGUUGGGCUGUUGCAACAUCGGGUGUACCAGUGCGAGAACAACUUUUCAAUGCUUCUAUCUGUCAUCAUUCCUACUUCAACUUCUUUCAACAUGGAGAUUUCUCCAGAAGUUUUGGUCAACAUACAGAUAUAAGUUCUUUGGAAGUUGCAACACCCAUCCUCAUCCCUAGAAGUGAUGGUCAUUGGCAUCAUAGGGGAAGCCAUGGUGAUGUUAUCUUUUUAACAAAUAGAGGGGAGGUAUGCUUCUGCUCUGGAUUUUUUCCUGCAUCAUUUACUUUUAGGGUAGACCUGUUGAUGUAG